AUGGCCUCAAACUGCAGCGUCGACGUGUGGAUGGGUGCUCCGACUCCAGGCGAUAACCAGACGCUCUUCGACGAUAUCUUCAACCAGUCCUUCCCGCAAGAAGCCCCAGUGUCGCCACAACGUUUCGCCAUGGAGCUACCUGGAUCACCCGCCUCCCCAAUCGACGUGAUCACCGAUUGCCCGGAUCUACAGCAGCCCGUCGAGCAGAAGCCUUACGUCACUCACCCACCCCGACGCACCACCUCUCGCCAGGCGCCAUUGGCCGGGACAUCCCGUCAACGGAUGAAGAAGGGCCGACCCACCAAGGCCGUUGCCUCAAAUUCCAAGGCGCAGCUCGCCAAGAACUGGCGCAUGCGCAAGGAGGAGGAAGAACGCCAGAAGAGCCAGACCAUCCAGGACCAGGCUUCGCUCAUCGCGGAGCUCAAGAGGGAGAUUGACCAACUACGGUACCAUCAAAACCAGCCCCGCGUGUCGCCCUCUCAAGAAAGCGUCCUCAAGAUCGCUAAGGAAUUUGUCGGUGCCCACUUUGGACGAGAUGCUAAGAAUCUCCAGUUCCGCAAGGGUACCACGACACUUGCUUUCGUCUACGAGCCUGCCACUCCUAAUGACAAGGGAGGUAUCAUCAUUGCUGUCGACUCCCGUGCUUCCGCCGGAGAAUAUAUCUCUUCGAAGUCGGUGAUGAAGGUUCUCGACAUUGGUGAUCGAAUGGUGGCAACAAUGGCUGGCGGUGCCGCCGAUUGCCAGUUCUGGACUCGAGUCGUUGCUAAAUAUUGCACCCUCUACGAGCUCCGUGAGAAGACGCCGAUCACGGUCGCAGCAGCAAGCAAAUACUUUGCGAAUGCCCUCUACGAGUACAAAGGACAAGGGCUCUCUGUGGGAUCUAUGGUUUGCGGUUACGACAAGCGCGGCCCCGCUAUCUUCAUGGUCAACUCUGAGGGUGAUCGCUCUCAACUCAAGGUCUGUUCCGUCGGCUCCGGUUCGCUGAACGCCUACGGUAUUCUGGAUAACCAUUGGAAGGCAAAAAUGACCGACGAGGAGGCGAAAGCGCUCGGCUGGCGCGCUAUUAUGCACGCCACUUACCGUGAUGCCGGUUCAGGAGGUGUUUGCAAUUUGGUGCACAUCACUCCGGACAGCAAGAUCCGCUACCCUGGCCGCGAUGUCUCCCAGCUGUACUACGAAUUUGCCCAAGAACUUGGCCGCGACAUCGCCUACGAGCCUCACGAUGAA